AUGAAUUUGGAUUUGGUUUUAAGGAUCGAUGCGCCUGUUGAGCCCACUAGUGAAAGUUCUGCGGUUGAAAAGACUCGUUUUGAACAAUGGGUGCAUUCUAAUAGGACUUGUCUCAUGAUUAUGAAGUAUACUAUUGACAAGUCUAUCAGGCUGAGCAUAGCUAAUACUGAUAGUGCUAAAGAAUAUCUUGAUGCCGUUGGAAAGAAAUUUACUAAGUUUGAUAAGGCAGAGAAUGAAAAUUUGAUGAAGCUUCUUACUACUACAACCUAUGAUGGGAUUAGUGGAGUCCGAGAGCACAUCAUGAAACUUACUCAUUUCUUUAAUAAGCUCAAAGGAAUGAAAGUUGAGUUAGCAGAUAGCUUUCUUGUAUGGCAAGUGCUUGAAUCUUUGCCACCUCAGUUUGAUGCACUCAAGACCAUUUAUAAUGCUCAAAAAGAUGAAUGGAGCUUGAGUGAAAUGACUGCUAUUGUAACUUAA